GGAGACCUCCAGACAAGCUAGAGUCACGGUCAGUCUUCUGUCGACCGUGAGGAGGCGCGUAUCGAAUCGGCGUGCUACAGUAUAUUUUGUUCAGAUAGCGAGAGAUACGCCGGUAGGAAGCUGAUAAUGUUGUGUUCUUGUGCCGUGGCGAUAGUCGCCAUUCUCUACAUUUUAUUCGAUGUAAACUACUUCCUAAGAAUUAUCUUCACCAUCGUUUGGGGCAGACUUUUCGAGAAGAAGAAGAAGCUCUUCGAUACGACAACGAUUUAUGGAAUCUGCAGCACUCAGGACGUUGACCUGGUCUUGAAGCACAUGAAUAACGCACGAUACUUGCGCGAGUUGGAUUUUGCGCGUUUUUACUUUUACGAUAAUUCAGGUAUUUACGACGCGGUCGCAAAAAGAGGCGGCGGUGCUGUUCAAGGUGCAUCCACUAUACGAUAUCGUCGGGCAAUUCCUAUCUUUACGCCGUACAAGGUUACGACAAAGCUCAUUUAUUGGGAAGACAAACACUUUUAUAUAGAACAGCAAUUUAUCAGUCUCACGGAUAAUUUUAUUCGCGCCGUCGUAUUGAGCAGACAAACUGUAACCGGAUUGAAAAUUCCGGUAGCGGAUAUAAUCGCCGAAAUCGAGCCAGAAACACGCAGGCCGGAGCCCACCAAAGAACUUCAGUUGUGGCUGGAGUCCAUGGAAGAAUCAUCUCAAAGUCUGAAGAAACAGAAAUAAGAAAGAAUAUGUUCUUUUUAAUGCGUUUGUUUGACACGUUAUUUAUUUAAUAUUCUUUUAGAAUAAUUUUUAUAUUACGGUUGAUUCUUUGUUGCAAUGUGUAUAAUUUUAUACAUAUAACAGCAUAUCUAUUUAUGGUAUAAUGGUAUUUAUACGGUUGCCUUUUGAAGCUCUUUAAUUAAAAUGCUAUUUUUAAAUUUAAGAUUGUAAUAUUGAAUUAUAUAUCUUAAUAUUAAUUGAGGUACAAUGUUGAGUAGAAUUUAAUUUUGGUUUAUAUGUCGUAAAAUGUUCCUUUUUGCUCUACAAUUAGUAAGAAAUAAAAUUUUGUUAAAUUUUACUAAAUAUAUAUUACUUAUCAUUAGUUGUAACGCGUUCAUAAUCUUAUGAACGCAAUAAAUUUAAGAUAACAGGACAUUUCAUCAUUAAUGUAAAAAGUAUUUAUCUCGUGCUUAAACGAUAAAGUUCCUAAUUUUAUUAUAAAAUGUUGAUAAAACAUUGAUGAUACAAUUCUAAUAUUUGGUCAAUAAAUUUUUCUUUGAACAAA